AUGGCGCAAACUACGAGGAGGAAAAAAGUAACUUCCUGGAAAAACUAUCGUCUCCGGAAGCAACAGUUCAAGCAAGCAAAGCCGCCAAAGCCCUAG